AUGGGGUGUUUGCGUGAUGACGAAGAAAAUGGAGCACUAAAAGAGAAGGAACCAAAUGAAGCUAUAGUUUAUGUUAAUGGUGAAAGAAAAGUAUUCUCUAAUGGUUUGGCUCAUUUGACACUUCUUGAGUACCUUAGAGGUCAGGGUCUUACCGGAACAAAAUUAGGCUGCGGCGAAGGAGGUUGUGGUGCUUGUACUGUCAUGGUCUCUUACUUUGAUUGGCAGCGCCAGAUAUGUGUGCACCAUGCAGUUAACGCAUGCUUGGCUCCUGUAUACUCUGUUGAAGGAAUGCAUGUAAUCACCGUAGAGGGUAUUGGAAAACGUAAACUUGGCCUGCAUCCUGUGCAGCAAUCUCUAGCAAGUGCACAUGGCUCACAGUGUGGAUUUUGUACUCCUGGAUUUGUCAUGUCCAUGUAUUCUUUAUUAAGAUCUCGCCAGGAUCCUCCAACUGAACAGGAAAUUGAAGAAAGUCUAGCCGGGAACUUAUGUCGUUGCACGGGUUAUAGGCCAAUUAUUGAUGCAUUCAGAGUUUUUGCUAAAACUGAUGAUAAGAUAUACACUACCAAUAACAUAUCAAGCUGUCAAGGCAAUGAGUUUAUUUGCCCAUCAACUGGUAAACCCUGCUCGUGUGGACAAAAUUCCGACGGCAAUGCUGAAAAUGGAAAAGAAACUGAAGCUUGCAAUGAUAAGGAGCUUAUUUUUCCCCCUGAGCUAUUGCUUCGGAGACCUUCGUUUUUCAGUUUGACAGGUUCAGAUGGACUUAAGUGGUACCGACCUUUGUCGCUUCAACACGUUCUUGAGUUAAAAGCCAAACAUCCUGAUGCCAAGUUGGUCACUGGCAACACCGAGAUUGGAAUUGAAAUGAGGCUGAAGAGAAUGCAAUAUAAAAUUCUCGUCUCAGUUGCGCAAGUCACAGAGUUAAAUAUUUUAAAUGUGAAAGAUGAUGGAUUGGAGAUCGGAGCUGCUGUGCGGCUUUCCGAGCUUUUGAGUGUCCUAAGAAGAGUUUCUCGAGAACGUGCUGCUCAUGAAACAUCGUCAUGUAAUGCACUUAUCGAGCAACUAAAAUGGUUCGCAGGAACCCAGAUUAGAAAUAUUGCAUCGGUGGGUGGGAAUAUAUGUACGGCGAGUCCAAUAUCAGAUUUAAAUCCUCUUUGGAUGGCUGCCGGAACAAGGUUUCAAAUCAUUAAUAGCACGGGAAACAGAAGAACGGUGUUGGCAGAAAACUUUUUUGUGGGUUAUCGUUUGGUGGAUUUGUCUAGUGAUGAGAUCUUACUAUCGAUCUAUUUGCCAUGGACGAGACCUUUAGAGUUCGUGAAAGAGUUUAAGCAGGCUCAUCGUAGAGAUGAUGAUAUAGCAUUAGUAAAUGCUGGGAUGCGCGUUCACCUUGAGGAAAAGGAUCAAGGUUGGCUCGUAAGAGAUGCUUCAAUUGUUUUUGGAGGGGUUGCUGCUGUAUCCUUUAUUGCAUCUAAUGUGAAAAAAUUUCUCAUAGGAAAGACUUGGAACAAUGAGCUUCUGAAAGGGGCUUUAGAUAUCUUGGAGAACGACAUUUCAUUGGAUAAAGAUGCACCAGGUGGGAUGGUGGAGUUCCGAAAAUCUUUGACUUUGAGUUUUUUCUUCAAAUUUUUCCUCUGGGUUUCUCGAGAAGUGUCUAUUAAGACUUCGUUGACAGAAAUAAUGCCAUCAUUCUGUCAGUCAGCAAUACAGAAAUCCCAUAGGCCAUCGAUUGUGGGCAGUCAGGACUAUGAGAUUGUUAAACAUGGGACUGCUGUUGGAUCUCCAGAGGUUCAUUUAUCUUCAGCUCUACAGGUCACAGGUGAGGUGGAGUAUGUUGAUGAUGUGAAAAUGCCGCCCUCCGGAUUACAUGCUGCAUUCAUUUUGAGUAGUAAGCCUCAUGCCCGCAUAAUCUCUAUUGACGACUCUGGUGCAAAGUCCUCACCUGGGUUUGCUGGCGUAUUCUACGCCAAAGAUGUCCCUGGGGAUAAUCGUAUUGGACCUAUCUUCCAUGAUGAGGAGCUUUUUGCUUCGGAAUUGGUAACUUGUGUAGGCCAGGCAAUCGGAAUAGUUGUUGCUGAUACUCAUGAAAAUGCAAAACUAGCAGCUAGAAGUGUGCACGUAGUAUACGAAGAGCUACCUGCUAUUUUAUCUAUAGAGGAUGCAAUAAAGCGUAAAAGUUUUCAUCCGGGUUCGGAGAGGCAACUCAAGAAAGGUGAUGCUGAUCUCUGCUUUCACUCGGGCCAGUGUGACAAGAUCAUCGAAGGAGACGUACAAGUAGGCGGUCAGGAACAUUUUUACUUGGAAUCACAGAGCACUUUAGUAUGGACAAUGGACGGUGGUAAUGAGGUCCAUUUGAUUUCAUCUACUCAAGCGCUUCAACAGCACCAGAAGUACGUCAGUCGUGUACUUAGUCUUCCUAUGUCAAAAGUAGUAUGCAAAACCAAGAGAAUUGGCGGUGGGUUUGGUGGCAAGGAGACACGAUCAGCAUUUGUCGCUGCUGCGGCUUCAGUUCCUUCCUAUCUCUUAAAUCGGCAUGUAAAACUCAUCUUAGAUCGAGAUGUAGACAUGAUGAUAACUGGAAAGCGUCACAGUUUUCUUGGAAAGUACAAGGUAGGAUUUACAAGUGAAGGGAAGGUGCUGGCGCUAGACCUUGAGCUUUAUAAUAAUGCUGGAAAUUCUUAUGAUCUCUCUCUUGCUGUCCUUGAACGUGCAAUGUUUCAAUCGGAGAAUGUGUAUGAGAUUCCAAAUGUAGAUAUAAAAGGAAAUGUAUGCUACACAAAUUUCCCGAGCAACACCGCCUUCCGUGGAUUUGGUGGUCCUCAAGCAAUGCUUAUCGCGGAAAAUUGGAUCCACAGAAUAGCCAUGGAACUCAAGAAGAGUCCUGAGGAGAUCAGAGAAAUAAAUUUUCAAAGUGAAGGAUCCAUAUUGCAUUACGGUCAAGUAAUUGAGCAUUUUACAUUACCGCAACUGUGGAAUCAACUCAAAUUAUCAUGCGACUUUCCAAGGGCGCGUGUGGAGGUUGACGAGUUUAACAUUCAGAAUCAAUGGAAAAAACGUGGAAUCGCUAUGGUUCCAACAAAAUUUGGCAUAUCUUUUCCAAUAAAGUUUGCGAACCAGGCAGGAUCUCUUGUCCAAGUUUAUACUGACGGCACAGUACUAGUUACCCAUGGAGGUGUUGAGAUGGGGCAAGGUUUACAUACGAAAGUUGCUCAGAUUGCUGCUUCUGCUUUUAAUAUUCCUCUGGGUUCUGUAUUCAUAUCAGAGACUAGUACAGAUAAGGUUCCAAAUUCAUCGCCUACUGCUGCAUCAGCGAGUUCUGAUUUGUACGGUGCUGCAGUUCUAGAUGCUUGUGAGCAAAUAAAAAAACGGAUGGAACCUAUUGCUUCGAAAAAGAUCUUUAAUUCAUUUGCUGAGCUGGCCACUGCAUGCUAUCUUGAGAGAAUCGACCUAUCUGCUCAUGGAUUCUAUGCUUCUCCUGAUGUUGGUUUUGAUUGGACAACCGGAAAGGGUAAUCCUUUCAGGUAUUUUACUUAUGGUGCUGCUUUUGCCGAGGUUGAAGUAGAUACGCUGACGGGUGAUUUUCAUACAAGAGUAGCUGAUAUCAUUCUUGAUCUUGGGUAUUCUCUAAAUCCAGCAAUUGAUGUCGGUCAGAUUGAAGGAGCAUUUAUACAAGGGUUCGGUUGGGUUGCUUUAGAGGAGCUGAAAUGGGGAGAUGCAGCUCAUAAGUGGAUACCUCCAGGCUUCUUGUAUACAUGUGGACCCGGGAAUUACAAAAUUCCAUCCUUGAACGAUAUUCCAUUAAAGUUCAAUGUUUCGCUUUUGAAGGGAGUACCAAAUGUUAAGGCCAUACAUUCCUCUAAAGGGGUUGGUGAACCUCCGUUCUUUCUUGCAUCUGCUGUCUUUUUCGCUAUCAAGGAUGCUAUUACAGCGGCUAGAGCACAAGCAGGUUACAACGGGUGGUUUCCUCUCGACAAUCCUGCUACACCUGAGAGAAUUCGCAUGGCCUGUACUGAUGAGUUUACUUCAAGAUUUGUCGAUUCAAAUUUUCGUCCUAAACUCAGUGUUUGAACGUGUUCUUAUGGCUUAGAGAAUUCGCAUGGCCUUGUUGUUUAGAAGAAAUCUCCGAUACAAGUUGUCAGUCGUCACUUGGCUUUCUCUACAUUCUGGAAAGUCGUCACUAGGUUUAGUAGAAAUUUGAAAGGAAAAAAACCUCACCCAUUUUUAAUUAUGGCUUAUAUGCAAGGUUUUGUGAAGGAAACCUGAACAUUUAGAUUGGUAAGAACUGGAAAUUGUUCCUCUGUUUCUUGUAAUCUUGAGCUUGUUUUACUUAUUUUCGUAUUCGGAUAUUCGCCCUUGCAGACUAUAGUUACUCUUACGUCUUUUUGAGUUUGCCCCGCUAUCAACCACAAAUAACUCGCAUAUAAUUUCGUUCAAUGCUGCAAGUGCAAGCUUACAUGAAU